CCAAAACAAUUGCAUCACAAAGCGUCAGCGUUGUUGCUUCCGAGAAAGUCCCCAACUUGUCCCGGGCGAGGGGGCAGAGACACACACAACCCCGUUUCCAUUCGGUUGCCUGCGGACUCUCCGCGGCCAGCGCAUGAUCAAGCCCCGCGGGUUCGGGCCAGAGUUCAGAGUCGAGGAAGUGGUUGAGGGAUCUUUGAUUGAGGGUGUGCGUGUCGGGGCCGACGCCUCUUUAAUACUCAGCAGCACAAUGUCGCAGCGCGAAACGCCGGCGGAGAACGGAGCAAUGGAGGGGGAGCAGGUCUAUGGGCGGACCACCGUGCCCAUCCAGGGCGCUGGCAGCCUCUGCAGUUGUAACCGCUUCAGCAAGCCCCGACACAUCGUGAAGCUGUUGGAAGUGGUCUUUUCGUUCUUGGCCUUUGUUUUGGAGGAGGUGGUGGCAUCCUGCGAGAACUGUCAUGCACUUUACUUCUUCGAGUUUGUCAGCUGCAGUGCCUUCUUCCUGACUUUGCUCUUGUUAAUUAUAUUGACCACGUCUCUGAGAGAAAAAGUGAGCAGAGUCAACUGGCCAAAAGUGGACUUUUGUUACACUGCUGUGAUAGCAUCAUUUUUCCUCAUUGCCUCUUCGGUAUUUGCAGCCAAGAAUGAGAGAUCUCAUGUCGAGAAAGCAGCUGUUGUAUUUGGAUUCCUGGCUACUCUUGCCUUCGUGAUGGAUAUUCUGCUGUGUUGGAAAGAAAAGGAAUGGCCCUUUAGCAAAAAUGAAACGGUACAAGCUGAGACCCCAAGAGACCCCAAAACUGUGAAAGGAGAGACAGAACCACUGAAUGAGCCCGGAACUAUACCUGUCUGAGCUACAAAGGCAAAAAUCUUUUUUUUUACAACUUUUACCUAUUUUGUGUACAUUUGUAUUUUGAAUACUCAGACUUGAUCCAACAGAGUAGCAAACAAACUGUUCAGAGAUGUAUUAUUCUCUUUGGCCUUAUUGGCAAAUGUUUCUUUUACUAGUUGGGGGACUCCGUGACAUGAUCCAAAGUCCUUUCCCUCAUUUACCCAUGUUUCCUUUAUAUACAUGUUUUAAUAGGCUGCACUGUAUGCAGAUGGGAUAAAAUUAAUGAUCUUUGUUUUCUGUGGUAAUAUGUGUUGAUGGCCCCUUGGACUGAAGCUUCUUCCUAUUGUGAAGCAUACCUUUUUUUGGGGGAGCUCAAAUUUAAGCUACUUCUUAAAUCAUAUCUUUGCGCCUUUUUAAAUCAAACGUUAUAUAAAAUACACAAUCCAAUUUGUUUUUACAUGAUCUUUAAAGUACAUGACAGAGUUAGUAUACUAAUUUUCAUUGUAUUCAUGCCCAAAUUAUUCAUUUUGCUUGAAGCAAUAAUAUUUAAGUAUCAAUAAUUAAGUAUUGUCUUCCAGAUCAGAAAUAGACAGUGCUUAUUAUUCAGCUGAAGUGUAUGAAAGGACAUUUGAUAAUUUGUAAGAUUCAUAGAGCAUUGCAGCAAUAUGAAGAACCAAACUUUUUGAACUUAAGAAUAUGGCUGUCCUGGUUAAUGGCUGAAUUGAUUAGUUGCCAUUCAGCAAGAUUUUAAUCAUACGGUAAAAUAAACUUUAAUAUUU